UCCUUCUUUUUCGGUUUUGACGUCGUGCGAAGCUGCCGUGUUUUCCGUACAUCUGAAGUGAAAUUAUUUCACUUUAUCCCGCGAAUAGCACGUGUUUAACGAGUAAUUCGAAGCAAACAAGCUAGUGAAAAUGCCGCUCGCCAAGGACUUUUUGCACCCGCUGCCCGCUGAGGAGAAGAGGAAGCACAAGCUGAAGCGUCUGGUGCCCCAUCCGAACUCGUACUUCAUGGACGUGAAGUGCCCCGGUUGCUACAAGAUCACCACCGUCUUCAGCCAUGCCCAGAGCGUCGUGGUGUGUGCCGGUUGCUCGACGAUCCUGUGCCAGCCGACCGGUGGCAAGGCGCGCCUGACCGAGGGCUGCUCGUUCCGCAGGAAGCCGUACUAAAGAGGGAAAUGGGAGGGAGACCCGUAAGGAGGAAACCGUGACGAUCGAAAGGCGCCCUUACGCCGUUGGACGAAUGCUGUUGGAAUGGAUUUAUCAAAGAGCCUGGCCGAUACGCAAUCACCACUGAUGGAAUACGAGUUGUUUCGACAUUAAAAUCCCGCAUCCAAACGUGGGCAUUGUAUGCGAAUCGAGAGGAGUGGAAUAAAGGAAGCAAUUCGAUCGUCCAACCAUGUA